AUGGACAGCCAAAUGAAUCCUCAUUUUGUAUUGAUUCCUUUCAUGGCUCAAGGCCACAUGAUUCCGAUGGUGGACAUUGCCCGAAUGUUGGCCCGACAGGGAGUUGUCGUCACCAUUCUCACCACCCCUGUUAAUGCUAAAAGAUCCGAUUCAGUUCUUGCUCAAGCUGUGAAUUCCGGCUUGCCAAUCCAUGUCAUCCAAAUCCAUUUUCCGUCCGCCGAGUCGGGACUGCCGGAAGGGUGCGAGUGUUUUGACAUGCUUCCGUCCGUGGAUUCCUCUCUCAAGUUCUUCGCAGCUUGUAAAAUGCUACAGCCUUCAGUGGAAGAAAAGCUAGAAGAGCUGAAACCUUCUCCGAGCUGCAUCCUUGCUGAUUUUACCCAUCCCUGGGCAAAUCAGGUCGCUGAGAAGUUUGAGUACUUCCCGGUACCUGAUUUGCCUCAUCGAAUCGAACUGACUAAAGCUCAGACUGCAAGCCUUGAUAGACCUUUGGUACCUCAAUGGAAAAAUCUUCACCAGGAAAUUGAAGAAGCAGAAAACGGAGCAUUGGGAUUUGUUCUCAAUACCUUUGAGGAAUUAGAGCCUGAUUACAUUGCCCAAUUCAGGAAGGCAAAAGGUAAAAAAGUCUGGUGCAUUGGUCCUGUUAGCCUGUGCAACAAAAACAACACAGAAAUAGUUGAAAGAGGAAACAAAGCUGCCGUUAACAGUGACCUGUGUUUAAAAUGGCUUGAUUCAUGGGAAGAAAACUCAGUUAUUUAUGCCUGUUUGGGAAGCAUCAACCGUCCAUCAACAUCACAGUUGAUAGAACUUGGAACGGGUUUACAAGAAUCGAAUCGGCCCUUCAUAUGUGUCAUCAAGGAUCCGUCCAUUGGAGUGCAGGUUACAAGGAAUGACACUAAAAUGGCAGUUGAAAAAUUGAUGGACGGAGGAGAUGAAGGGCGGAUGAGACGAAGGCGAGCUCAAGAACUAGGGAAGAUAGCACGGAAGGCACUUGACGAAGGGAAUUCCUCAUACCUCAAUGUCACGCAGCUAAUCCAAGAUAUCACCGACACCAUGAUAGUAGAUUAG